UUUUCAUGAAGAGAAGUCACUAGACUGAACAGUUACAAUAGCUUUAUCUGCUGGCAGUAUCAGUGACACUCAGGUAUCCCCUUUCUGUAACGUAUACUUUACAGAUUAUCAUUAACGCCAACUGGUCACAUGAUCGCCAAUAAAAGGCUUCAAAUGCGUCGUCUCUUCCGAGAUCUUGCUACUUCCUCUGCAGAAACAAUGGCUUACAUCGCUAAAUCUUUUUAUGACCUCCAUGCCACGUCCCUGGAAGGGGAAAAGGUAGAUUUCAAUGUAUUUAGGGGAAGGGUAGUUCUAAUAGAAAACGUUGCUUCCCUUUGAGACACCACCAUAAGAGAUUAUACCCAACUUAACGAGCUGCAGAACAAGUAUCCCCGGCGGCUGGUGGUGAUGGGUUUUCCAUGCAAUCAGUUCGGCUAUCAAGAAAACUGUAAAGAUGAAGAGAUUCUGAAUUGUCUAAAAUACGUAAGACCAGGUAAUGGCUUUGAACCUGGUUUCACCCUAUUCCAGAAAUGUGAAGUGAAUGGAAAAGGCACUCACCCAGUCUUUGCUUACUUGAAGGACAAACUUCCUACUCCCGAUGAUGACCCAGCCUGUCUGAUUACUGAUCCCCGGUAUAUAGUAUGGAGCCCCGUACAUCGGUCUGACCUGUCCUGGAACUUUGAGAAGUUUCUCAUAGGCCCAGAAGGAGAACCUUUCAAGCGCUACAGUAAAAGUUUCCAAACAAUCAACAUAGAACCAGAUAUUCAGAGACUCCUAAAACUCGCCAAAUAAUGUAAAUUAUUGCUUAAUUAUUUAACAGUAAGGUUUACAGCAGUUCCCACCAAUGGCAACUCUAUACUUCUUGAGUUCAGUGAGGCUGAAAGUGAUCUGGUCACUUGGCCCAAGUCCUGAAUGACUGGAUCUAUUUUAUUUUAGCCACCCACUUGUGUGACCUCAUAUUUGACAUUUAUCCAGACUUUUGGGCAGAAUGGCAGAAUUGCAUUUAUUGUUUUACAGUAAUGACAGCUAUAGUCAGAGCCGGCCCUAACCAAUAUGAUGCCCUAGGCAAGAUUUUGGCUGGUGCCCCCUAGCACCGCCGCUAGUUCUGAAGGAGAUGCCUGGCAUGAGUCAGCUGGCAGCUCUGCUAACGUCAGGCACCUUUUGUUUAUGAAAAUGCAUCUUAUUUGCAUUACUUUGUGGCUAGGAUGCACAAGCAGCUUCUGCUGAUUAAAAUGAUAUGCAGCAUGCCUAUAUACCGUGUACGA